GGCCUAAACAAGCGGACACGCGCGGGUCUUCAUUCACUCCGAUACUUCUCGGCCACGGAGUUACCAAAAACAGUAACCUGAUCACGCUUAAAAUCGGUGAAUCCAAAGUGUUGUUUUGUAAAAACAAGAACGAUCUGAACCUAAACAGUUUUCGGUGUAGCGCAAAAUUGGUUUCGUGUUUGUGAAUAAAGAUUUAAUUAUCUUUGAUAUAAAAAAAACAAUAUUUUGGUCACGAACGACAGACUUAAAAUCUAAAUAAUAACUUAUAAAAUUAAAAACAAAAAUUGUGAGAAUGAAAACUUAGCUUUUCAUAUAAAUGAUCAACUUGACUAAAAAUACAGCUACAACUAAAAUAUAUACGAUUUAUAUGUUACUCCACCUAUGAAAAACAAAUUUUAAAAAAAGAUUUUAAAAGAAUUGCAUUCUUGAACAAUACCCGAUAAAAUAUUAAGGCAACGACAUCACAAAUAGGCGAAUAUUGGAAUGAAUAAAACAGAUUUAGUGAUCAAAAGUAUCAACGGUAGACUAUCAAAAAAUACUUAAGACAAGAUUGACGAGACUAGUGGUCAAAGAUAGCAUCUUGUCCGAGUGAAGCCCUUUCCGUAGACCGAUCCCAAGCUGGGUAGUCCAUUCCUGAGCAUUACGCCGUCGGGUGGCAGCAGCAAUCCCUCGCCCACGCCCCCUCCGCCCGACGCCAAGGUGGCGGCCAAGCAGCUGGCCCAGAGUUUCCAGCUGUCCGCCAACUCCGCCUUUAACUUGGCCCUGCCGCCGGGCUUCUACCGACAGCCGCCGCAGCAGCACCCGGAGUGCCUGGACUACGGACACGAGGCACCGGAAAUGGACCUGAUCAAUCCGUACAUGAGGCAUCACAGCUUCGCGGCCGCCGCCCAGGGCAGUCCGCCGUCGGCGGCGCAGCGCCAUCAUUUGGCGGCGGCCAUGAGCAACGGGUUUGCGGAUGUACACGCCCAUGCGAUGGCAGCGGCGGACUACCAGCAACAGCUGGCCGACUAUCACAGUGCAGCGGCCGCGGCAGCAGUGUAUGCCAACAACAACAAUAACAACAAUAAUAACAACCAUAAUAGCAGUAACAAUAACAACAGCAGUCCGCUGAUGCUGCUGAAGGCGGCCCAUGGCGGUGGUCUGAAGGACUCGGAUUCGCCCUCGACGACCCCGCCACCCGCCUCUUCCCGACUCCACUCCGAUUCCUCGCCGUCGCCGCGCUACGAGCACAACUCCAGUCCCGGCGUGGACAGUGCCAAGUCGUAUGCCCUGAGCCAGCGGAGCAGUGGCGCGGAGGACCCUUGCCAGACCAGCGAAUCAGCCAGUCCACCGCCGCAGGCGCAGAACGACUACAGUCCCGAGAAUCUCACUAGCCAGCGGGCCAAGUUCCAGCAUCAUCAUCACGGGGUCAACCCUCUGGCCCUGCACAACGCCAACCACGGGGGCAAUCCGGGAUUGCACAGCAACAGCAACAACAACAACGCGAUGGAUCACAAGCUGCCGCUGAGUUUCCUGGGUCCCCCGCUGGCGGCCCUCCACUCGAUGACCACGGAAAUGAAGGCGGGCCAAGGAGUUGGCGGCUCGUCGACGUCGGGAAAUGGACUGUCCUACGGCCACAGCCCCAAUUCGCAUCUGAUCAGCGAUCGGGGAUCCGGGGGCAGUUCCUCGUCCUCCUCCACCACGACCACGAACACCAACAGCCAGGGAGCCCCCAAUCCGCACGGCAUCGACACGAUCCUCUCCAAACCGCCGCCGGUCACUUCGGCGGGUCUAAGUGCUUUAACAGGAGCUGGCAUUCCCCGCUUCUCGAUCGCCGCCGCCGCAGCGGGCAUGGCCCAGUAUCUGUCGCAAAGUCAGGGGGCGCCGCUGAAGACCCACGCCGGACACAUAGUGGACCGCACGCACCUGUACUGGCCGGGACUUCAGGGAUUGGUGGCCAAUCCGAUCGCGUGGCGCGAACGCCUCUCCAAUACGAUGUCCGCCAAUCUAUCUCAAUCGCAUCAACAUCAUCCAUCGAACGACAAGGAUGGCAAGAAGAAACACACCCGCCCAACAUUCAGUGGUCAGCAGAUCUUCGCCCUUGAGAAGACAUUCGAGCAAACCAAAUAUCUGGCCGGUCCAGAGCGUGCCAAGCUCGCAUAUGCCUUAGGAAUGUCCGAGUCGCAGGUUAAGGUCUGGUUCCAGAACCGUCGCACCAAGUGGCGCAAACGGCAUGCGGCGGAAAUGGCCACGGCCAAGCGGAAACAGGAUGACAUGGGUGGCGACAACGAUGGCGACUGCAGCGAGACAAUGGACAGCGAUAACGAAAGCCUCGAUAUGGGAGAGUCCCCGGUCCAGAACAAAAGAUGUCGCAGCAACAGCUCCGGGUCCUCGCAACAGCAGCCGGAUAAUUAUCGUCAUUAAAACGAAUUUACAAACUAUGCGCGGACAUGGACUCGCAAUGAAAUCGAAUGGAAUACACUUAGGAUAAAUUUCAAUGCGCCAGCUAAUUAGCUAGAAAGCCCAGCAUAAGAAGCCGCAAAAGCAGCAGCAGCAGCAGCAGCAGCAGCAGCAGCUAGAAGUAAUUUGGGUUCGAGUUUUAAGGUUUUGCCACUUUACCGUCUUCUGAAGACUUCAUUUUUCCUCUCUUACUCUCGGACUAAUUUCCCCACUUUGUUCAUUAGGUGUGUAAAUAUUUAUGUUAAUUUCCUAAAGAUUAAAUUUAACAUGAAGCUUAAUUAACGUCGCUAAUUGGUAAGCAGAUCGUAGGGAGUUGAGGCACUGGCACAAAAACUAAACUGAAUUUAUUACAUACUGUAUGUUUAGUUACUAAUCCCUAACUUUAAUGUAAUUUCGUGCAUUAGAACCGACCUUAGUUCAUACAAUUAAAUAUAUAUAUAUAAACUAUUAACUAUGCUAACUGAGAUUGCGCAACAAUAUUCACAAUAUUGAUCAUGAUACAGACGCAAGACAUGAUGAUUAACUAUUGCGGUAAAUUAUAUGUAAAAUGUAUUUAAAUUAAAUUGUAAUUUUAAUUAUUUCGAAUUGA